AUGUACUUGUUAAGAACGGAUCGCACACAGCCUGAAAUACCAAGGAUGAUAACAUGUAUUUUCUUGCGAGCGACUACAAACUUUACAAAUUGUUUGGUAACUAUAUGUGGAUAUCAUCUAUUUCUAUUUGUGGUCUUUCCUUCAUUAUUACAAUUCGGAUAG